GGGGGUGAAAAUGAAAUGUAAAUAUGAAAAAUAAAUUUCAAUCUUGGAAAUACAUGAGGGCAUGAACAGCAACACUACACGCCAGCAAUCACUUUUCAUAAAACGCGUUUAGCGCUUCAUGAAGUAUGCUGGCGUUAAGCGUCGCUUGCAAUAUUUAUAUUUUGAUGUUAGAAUACAGUAUUGUUUACAAUUUUUUUAACGGGAGCAAGCCCCUGUGUUUUAUAUAAAACUGAAGGCAAAUCAUUAUGAAGGGCAUUCGCUUAAGCAAUUUACAUGUAUUUCAAUAUCUUUUAAUAUGUAUAUUUCAUAUUUCUCAAUUUUUUUAUUUUAUUUUUUUUACGUAUAUACAUGGGGGAAAAUGAAGACUUUUGAUCGAUACUGGUUACGGCGAUGAUCAAGGCUCGGUGGCACCUAACUUGUUUAGAAUCCCGUGAAUAUGUUAGAGAAGCUGUAUUUGACCUCGUUGAACCCCUCCUUACUCGGUCAAGUACAGUAAUGAUAUAAGUGUUUUUGUGAUCAUGGCGCUAUGUGUUUUUCUUGUAGUACUUCUGCAGAUAAGUUAUAUCAAAGGCGAAGACACAGCUCAGGAGACUUAUGCCUGUGCCACCCCUGGGUCUAUCCGUCACGGGACCGUCCUGACGUGGGGAGGAAACCUGCUGGUGGAGUAUAUCUGUGACGAUGGGUUUUUCCCGAUUGGUGAUGUAUUUGGGGCCUGUAUAGAGGAAGAUGGGGUGUGGACGAUCGACUCCCCCAUCUGUGUGGCUAAGGGUUGUCCAACCCCACCCGCCCCAGCUUACGGUUACGUCAGUAUGGAUGAUGAGGGGCAGGUGGCCGAAUUUUCCUGCGGACGCAGUCAGUACUUGCUGGGAGCCUCCAAAGUUUUCUGCGAGGGCAACGGUCAGUGGAAUAACUCCUCGCCAAAGUGCAUCGGUCCCGGAAGCGGAAACCCAAGUAUUGAAAAGUUGAGAGUGAGGAAUGACACCAAAGCGGUAUCGGUCGUGCGUACUCCCAUCCUAGAUUUUACCACGGAAAUUAGAAAGGCAGAUGGCACGUGCAUCCACCAGCGUUAUCGGAAACCACCCGCCAUCCCCAACGCCACGGUCAAUACACCGUACCACUAUGAUAAACACAAGAGGAUCUGGGUCAUUUACGCUAACUACACCUGUGUGGAGGGGUACCACCUCCAGAGAAACCACUCCAGGUACCUGUUCUGCCAGAGCUAUCACUGGGUCUCUCCGGACACGCCUGUCUGUCUUAAAGAUGUGAUCCACCCGUGUGUGCUGGAUAACGGGAACUGUACCCAGCUGUGCGUCCCGGGGGAGAACCUGGAAUAUUUUUGUGACUGUUACCGGGGUUACGGACUAGUGGCGGACGGGAAAACGUGCGCCGACAGAAAUGAAUGCGUCAUUGACAAUGGCGGCUGUGAACAGGAAUGCCAAAACACCGUAGGCUCACGCUACUGCCUCUGUAGGCAAGGCUACGUAGCCGUAGGCAAUGUCUGUUUCGAUAUUGAUGAAUGUCAGGACCGCAGACAGAACUUGUGCCCGGGGAAGUGCAUCAACACACCUGGAUCAUUCACCUGUAACUGCAGUAUUCCGGGCUACCUGGACAGACCCACAGAUAAAUUCUGUCAAGAUGUAGACGAAUGCCAGGAAAACAAUGGAAAUUGUCAAGAGAUUUGUGUCAACACAAUCGGGUCGUAUAGCUGUGAAUGUGAUGAGGGACUAAAGAUAGAAGAGGACGGCCAUAAUUGUACAGAUGUGAACGAGUGUGAGGAAUACGGACCCCAGAUCUGUAAAAAUGGAGACUGUAUCAACUGGAGCGGGGUGUACCAGUGUGUCUGUCACCGUGGUUACCAGCAGCACAAGGAUGGCAUCCAUUGCACAGAUCUGAAUGAGUGCCUGGAUGGAAACAAUGGCGGUUGUCAGGAUUUGUGUGUAAAUACUGUCGGUUCAUUCCACUGCAAGUGUUCCUGGGUUGGGUACCAGCUAGAUCAGCAGGGAACUGAGUGUAUAGAUAUAGAUGAGUGUACAACAGACAAUGGUGGAUGUGAGAACCUGUGUAGCAACACCUAUGGGGCAUACUAUUGCUACUGUGAAAAUGAGGGAUAUGUGGUUCACGAGAAUGGAAAAAACUGUACAGUUUGCCAAGGACACCAGUAUAUUGAUGAGAAGAAAAAAUGGUGUAUAGACUGUCCAGCAAAUUCUUCAGCAUCACAGAAUCAAACAGCGUCUUCUGUGAAAGAUUGUUACUGUGACAAUGGUUACCAAGGCGACCCAGGAAAUGGCUUAGAAUGUCUGGAUAUUAAUGAAUGCGUAGAGAAUGCAUUGAACUGCUCGGAGGGGUGCCUGAAUUUGCCAGGAAGUGCUGUGUGUACAUGCCCACUGGGAUACUUCCUGGAGAAAGAUAACAUAAGCUGCAGUGACAUAGAUGAAUGUCAGAUCUAUGAUGGAGGUUGUCAGGGAACAUGUGUGAACACUGUGGGGUCAUACCACUGCUUGUGUUCAACGGGAUACGAACUGAAUUAUGACAACCACACAUGUCUGGAUAUCGAUGAAUGCUGGCCAAACAACUUCAAUUGUUCCCACGAGUGCAUCAACCUAGAGGGCGCUGCUAGAUGUGGGUGUUACCUGGGCUACAACCUGCAGGAUGAUGGGAAAUCCUGUAUUGACAUCGAUGAGUGCUCUGAGCCGGGACUUCCGCUGUGUGAGGACACCUGUAUGAACACCAUAGGCUCUUACCAAUGUCUGUGUACCGACCUCGGCUACAAACUGUCCUGGGACGAUUCCUCUUGUUCUGAUAUCAAUGAGUGUAUGGAAGGGGAGAAUGACUGUGAGGAUCUCUGUAUUAACGUCCUCGGUUCGUACCGCUGUGAAUGCACGCAGACAGGGUUCGCCAUCAGUUCAGACGGACACACAUGUGAAGAUAUCGAUGAAUGCCAGAUGCUAAACCUGAAUUUGUGUAAACACCGUUGUAAGAACCUUAAGGGUGGAUUUAUGUGUUCAUGUCAUCCUGGUUACACAGGAGUGGGCUACUACGACUGUCUACCUUGUUCUGUGGGUUAUUAUAAGAACAUAUCAGACAUGGACUGUUUGAGAUGUCCACUCCUGUCCACCACAAAGGACAUCGCUAGUGUGUCCAUUCAGGAUUGCAUCUGUGUGGAGGGUUACCAGGGUAACCUGGCCCUGGGGGAGCAGUGCACAGAUUUGAAUGAAUGCGAGUUGGACAACUUUGGCUGUGAACAAUACUGCUACAAUACAGAGGGCUCGGCUAAGUGUGGCUGUAGGGACGGGUACCAGCUUAAUGACGACAACAAGAACUGUACAGACAUAGACGAGUGUGUAUUUAACAGUCACUACUGCAUUGACAAGUGUAUCAACUUACCUGGGACCUUUAAGUGUGGUUGUCGGGAAGGUUUUGUCAUUGGAUAUGAUGGCCGAUAUUGUAAUGAUGUGGAUGAAUGUAUGGCAGAUCACCCCUGUGAGGACCUGUGUGAAAACACCUGGGGAUCAUAUGUCUGUCUGUGUACAGAACUAGGGACAAUUCUAGCCUCAGAUGGGGUCUCCUGUAUUGCCUCCUUUGAACAUCUCCAGUGUCCUAAAGAUAUAUUUGUGGAGGUUCACCAACACCAGCCGUUUGCUGCGGUCACUCUGCCAGACCUUGUUGACCUAGAUGAUGUCACUGUGAUCCCGGAGUGGGUACGGGACAGAAAGGAAUUUUCUGUGGGGUCCACGACCGUGACGAUAAAGACGAGUCCAGAUUCCGCUCUCAACGAUUCUUGUAGCUUCAGUGUUCAUGUUCUAGAAAUUUGUGAUGUAGGGAGAUACAAAGCUUCUAACAGCACAAAGUACCAGACGGUGUGCCUGGGCUGCAACAAGGGAUCCUACCAGAAUGAACGGGGUAAAACCUCAUGCAAUCCAUGCUUCAAAGGAACAUAUCAAAACAUGACUGGCCAAUCAAAUUGCAAGUACUGUGCACCUGGAACGUUCCAGAACAGAACGGGCCAAUCAGAAUGCAUGUUAUGUCCGACUGGGAACUAUCAAGAUGAAUAUGGACAAUACAAGUGUAAGAUGUGUCCGGCUGGAAUGUUCCAGUGGAUGGAGGGUCAGGACGUAUGUUUUUACUGUCCAGUGGGUAAAUAUCAGAAUUUGUCUGGACAGGCCAAGUGUAACUCAUGUGAACUGGGCUAUUACCAAGAUGAGAUCGGAGGACAUCGGUGUAAAAUGUGUCCCCCGGACAUACGCUUGUACCCACACAACAUGGCUCUACAGCAACAGUGUCCGGAACUGGUGUAAAAGUGCCCCAUCCCCAGAACUGGUGCAAAUGUAUCCUCUCACUCCCCGAAAACUGGUGUAAAUCCCCCCCCUGGAAAACUGGUGUAAAUGUAUCCCAUCACUCCAUGAGAACUGGUGUAAAAGUGACCCCACUCCCAGAGAAUGUGUAUAAUAUGUGUCCCCCACUCUCAGAGAAUAGCAGUAAUGUGUCCCCUCACCCCCAGAGAAUAGCAGUAAUGUGUCCCCUCACCCCCAGAGAACAGCUGUAAUGUGUCCCCUCACCCCCAGAGAAUAGCAGUAAUGUGUCCCCUCACCCCCAGAGAACAGCUGUAAUGUGUCCCCUCACCCCCAGAGAAUAGCAGUAAUGUGUCCCCUCACCCCCAGAGAAUAGCAGUAAUGUGUCCCCUCACCCCCAGAGAGUAGCUGUAAUGUAUUCCCCCACCCCCAUAAAAGUGGUUUAAAAUGCAUACCCAAGGUGAACAGUAUCUGGAACUCGGAUGUAAAAAAUGUCCCUUCAAAGAAUUGCACCUAUUACAUUGUGAUUAUUGUAAAUGUAAAAUUUAGCACAUUUUCCAUAAAUAUAAUUAGCAUAAUCAUAAAUUAGCACAGAUUUUAAUUAGAUGUACAUAUAAAGUAAUGCCAUGGCAUAACAAGUGUAUAGUCAUGAAUCACAACAAAGUUAGGACAAAUGAUGUUAAAAUCAAAUGUGCAUCUUUACUGUAGGUUAAGGACCCGAUUUAGUUCUCAAAAUAUGUGAAAAUAUGCAAGAAAUCUUUGAUAUAUGCAUUAUUUUGAACCUCAAUUCUUUUUUGACAAACCAUGAUAUAUGUAAUAUACAUGACAAAAUUUGUGCCAUAUUUUUGUAAUUUGGUAAUAGAAUUAAGCUCUUUGUCCUGUUUUAACUGAAAACAUUUUUGAUACAUGUGUCCUGGAUUUCCAAAACAUGAAAUGCAAAGGAAACAUGACUUAUUUUUGUAGCAUUGAUCAAUCUUUGAAAGAUAUGUAUAAUAUAGUAAUGUAAUAUAAAUCAUGUUCUUUAAUGUGCUCUGUUUACAGAAAGGAAAAAUGUGUAACAUUUUUAAUCACAAAGUUCGAAAUCAUGCAGAAAUAAUGGCACAUUUAUGAUGUCAGAUAUAUUGAUUCAGGAUUGCCAGUAUUUCACAGAUGAUAAAGCUGUAUAUAUAUAUAUACUCUUCAUCAAUAUGAAGAAAACUUUGGUGUAGGAAAUGAGUCAUAUUAGGUGGCAAAAUAAGGUCCAUGUCUAGCCCUUUCUUGUACAGUAAAACACACUUACAAUGGACAUGCAUGCUUGUAACAAAUUCAUGCAUAUUGUAAAGUGAUAUUUAUUCCCCUAUGAGAGGAAAAUGAAAAAUUUAUGGGAUAUAACAAAGGUUGGUUGUAACAAACUGUUUUUGGCUGGCUAUGCAGGUUCGCUAUAACCAUGUAAUUAUCAUGUAUGUAAAUGUAAUCCAUCCUUCAUGCAAUUAAAAGAACUUUUCAUGUG